CUUGUCGAUUUAUGUCUGAACUCCGUGAAGAUCAAGAUAUCUGUGCUUUUGUUACCCACACAGCAUCUUGCCAUGAAGCUCAAAACAGGAUUGACUAUCUAAAUUUUAUAUUUUGUGUUGCAAUUGAUUACAUCGAUGUGUCUUUUACUCUAGCCAUUUUAAUGCUUUUGUUGAUAGCAUCAGUUCUUGUUUUAGCACUAUGCGCCUUAGCACUAAAUUCAAUAUCAAAUGUUUUGAGUAUUGUUAAAUAUUUUCAAAUGAAUGAACACAAUGCUGGAGUUACCGUAAUGGUCCUUUUCAAUGGAAUUCCCGAUAUUAUAUCAGCGUUUUUCUUCUACGACGGAGAUACCGAGAUGUUGAUAAAUGAAAUGCUUGGAACGUCAUUGUACCUUCGAGCUUUUCAUAGCGGAAUUUUGAUUUUACUUUUUCCAGUAACAUUACUUGCAACUUAUUUCAAACGUGAUGCUUUUUCUUUUUUGUGUGGAAUUCUAGUUUUAUUCCACAUGACUUCUGAAAGGGAUACAAAUAUCCUUGAAGGAAUAUUUGCAAUGACAUUUUAUCCGAUAUUGUGUUGUGUUGUUUGUUAUCAUCAUCAUGUUGCACGAAAAGAGAGAAAAGGAUUCGAUCACAAGGAAGUGACAGAAGAAAUCAAGAUUCGUUUAGAACUUACAAAAGAAAUCCAAAUCAUUCAACUACCCAUGAUGUCACAUGCAAAUCCAGUAACUCUUAAUAUUUUAAAGCAAUUUUUGGAGGUCAUAAGUCCUUUUCGAAAGGAGAUUUACAAUACUGCUAGUUUAUGGCAAAAACUUUUAAUAUUUGUGGCAAUACCAGUCAAGCUCUUGGUGCCAGUUGUAAAUUUAAGAAUGCCAGGAGAAGGAUGGUCGAGAUUGCUUUUAGUUGUUAAUUUCUUUCUAUCUCCUUUGAUAGUUCUGCAGUUUAUUGGAUUGCAGUACGUACUUUAUUCUUUGUCUAUUGGCAUUCUUUUGGCAAUGUUGGUCUUUUGCUUUACAAAAACCAAUGUUCCUAAAUAUCAAUUGGCAAUUGCUUUUUAUGGUAUUUGUUGUGAAAUGUUGAUUACACACUUUUUGGCUGCAGAGUUACUUUCUAUUCUAGUAACUCUGGGAAAUAUAUUUGGUGUAAAGAGAUCAGUAAUUGGAACUACACUUUUGGCCUGGGGCAAUACAAUUCCGGAAGUUGUUGUCUAUCAAGCAUUGUUAAGUUGGAAAAUUAAAACUAUGCCUCUUGUUGAAUUUCUCAUGGCUCCACUUUUUAAUAUGAUUUUUGCUAUUGGUUUAACGACAGUGCUUCGUUGUAUUGAUAAGAAAAGUUUUACUGUUGUUACACGAGCCGGCGAUCUUGGACAAAGUGGUUUAUGGUUUAGCUUUCUGCAUCAUAUUCUCUUUACUUUUGCUGUAUUUACAGUGAAUUUUCAUUUAAGAAAAAGUAUUGGAAUUUAUUCAAUGUUUUUUUAUUUGAUUUUUGUAUUGUACACUUUUUUGUAUGAAUUUGAUUUAAUUCAUGCAUUCGGAUCUGAUCAUAAUGAUGAAGAGAAAUUUAUUGCAGCUUCAUGGGCGUGAACUUAUGAUAAGAAAAUGAAAUUGUUUGUGUUUUUGUUAAAUAAAGCUUUUUUGUACA